AUGAUGAAGCCUGCGUGGUUGGAAGGACUAAUGGCAGAGGAGACAUUCUUUGCAGCUUGUGGGUUCCACAAGAGGAUAUGGAAGAACGAGAAGAACAUCUUCUGCUUGAAUUGUUGCCAAAGCUUUUGCACCCACUGCCUUUCUUCUCACCCAUCUCAUCCCUUUCUUCAGGUGAGGAAAUAUGUCUAUCGUGAUGUUAUUAAAUUAGACGAUCUUCAGAGUCUCAUUGACUGUUCCUAUAUUCAGCCAUAUACCCUUAACAAUGCCGAAGUGAUAUUCCUGCAUUCGAGGACUCGAACUCGAACUCGGCUUUGCAAGGGUUCCGACAACGUCUGCUUCAACUGCGACCGGAUCCUUAAGGAGCCUUUUCACUUCUGUUCUCUUUCGUGCAAGGUGGAUCACUUGGUAUGCAAAGGUGAGGGUCUGUCGAAUAUUCUGCACCGGCUAGACGAAUCCAAUCUCGCACCAUCUAAAAUUGAAUCCGAGGGAUUUCAAGGCGUCGACGUUCUCAAUCCGGCGGCGAACGAUGAGAAAAUCACCGGUAGCUACGACGUCCUGGAGGAACCGGCGGCGAAGUUCAAAGCCUCAUCGUCUUCAAGCAACGCACUGGAAGACUGCGGAAAAUCAUUGGAUCCGAUGAAGAAAGAAGGUAAAUCCCUCCCUAUAAGAAGAAGAAGAAAGGGAACUCCUCGCAGGUCUCCUCUUUCUUGAGUUGGGAAUGAACUUUAGGGAAAUUAAUACCGAAAAGGUUUUACUAUAUAUCCGAACUGUUAUUUAUAUGUCUCUAGUCUAGUGAGCUUUAAUUGUUCAGAAAAGGUUCAUGAAUUGCAACUUUUUUUAAAUCAAGAAUCAU